UCUCCUGUCUGUUUUUCAUUCUCUCUCUUUGCUCUCUCGUCGCCCAGCUGUAGACCAGGACGCACGCGUGCUGGGAAGGAGGAUAGUGGCAGAAAGAAAGGGGUGAAAGAAGGAGAGAGUGAAAGAGAGGGGGGGUGACAAAGGACAAGACAAAGAGUAGGACAGAGAAGGGGGCUGCAGCCCAGUGUAGCAGAUUGCCAUGUUCUGACAAUGGGGGUUUGCAUGGAGCAGCAGAAUCAAAACAGGACACAGCUCAGCUGUAUGUUGGAUCAAUAAAUGGUAGAUGAGUUCAGACUUCAGGCGAUGGAGUGGAAACCUUAUUAUUAAGAAGCACUGCUCGGUCGAACCGACUGCAUACUGAGUCCCGAGUUUGGAAUUUCUAAGAACUGACAUUACAAGGAUAAAGUCUCUCCAAUCCUUGGGAACCUACAGAAACUUGGAGGAAUGCAAACUUGAAGCUGGACUGCAUUAACAUUCAGAUGGACAAAAUGAUGCGAAAAGCGCUGUCCCUUCCUUGACUUCUCAGACCUUUUAAGUGAGCCAAAUAAGGGAUGGGGAGGCGAGCGGCUGACCUGACGACGCCGGUUCCGGUGUUGGGUGUCCCCGCCUCUGUAGGGGUGCGGAGCUGGAAGACAACAGGAGGAGACAGAAGCGGAGGAGUGCUGCUCCAGACUUGGGGACAGUGCAGCAUCGGCAUUCAGACGUCUCCGGGGAUUAGCAGACCACUUGUUCAGCUACCUGAUAGCGUCUCAAACAAUGUUACUCAAACAUCUAACACAUAUACCGCCAAGGAAACCAGGGCCAUAUCGCUUCAUGUGAAGAGUGACAACGAGAAAAGGGCUAUUUUAAGGCAGAAAACUGAGGAAACCAAGAUCAAAAAGGAAGUGACUUUCAAAGCACUCGGAGGUGUCGGUUCAAAGGAUGUCGCCGGCUGUCAGAAGAGAAGUGGUGGGACGUACUGCUAUGCCAGGGCAAUUAAAACCAAUCCCCUCAUUGCAGGCACCGCCAGCAGCGGCAGAACCAGACUGAAGUCUUCCACCCGUUACAUCAACGGGAGCGUGGUGGAUUCCGAGGCAAUCGGCGGGAUCAUCGAAGUCAAAGACGACGCGGAGCCCUCGAAGGCCGCGGCUUCUCACGGAACGGUCUCGCGCCAUCUUUGCGCAGACCAGUCGAAAAAGGCGUGCAACCAGUGUGGCGGGAAGCAGUCUGUAAUAUCCAGAGGCGCCGUCCCGGGGGAGACCACUUCCGAGGCUCUCUUCGGGGAGAAGGCAUCAAAGCCAGCCCUCGCAUCUCUGUUUACAGCCACACAUUUAAAACUUCCUCAUACACUGAAACAAAACCAGCUAAACUCUCAGAGCAGCGGAGUAAAGAACACACAGAUUGCAAGCAACCCACACUUGUAUUAUAUUAAUGAAGAGAUAACAUAUCGACGAACACCCCACCCUGCAUGUCCGGUGCAUUCCAGGGUUGGUUCAGGAACUCUGUAUCGCACACACGCUUCAAGCGACGUGACAUCCGUCCAACCGGAAGCCAUUCUCCACACUAAAACUGUUACGGUUGCUAAAGCCAGAAUUGAAAGCAGGCAGGCGAGUUCCGCAACAAACUGUUUCGCAAAACCCAACCAGGACAAUAAAAUCUCCAUCCUUUCAAGUUUUUGCUCGACGCCUCAAAUGGCCACGGCAACCAAAACCUUUCAAGCUUCCCCUCAGCGCCUCAAGACAUCGCCUCACCACUACCUACAAGAUAAUAUUACUCAAAAUGUAUGUGUCUCUGUGCACGCCGUGCCCGAGUGUCCACCUUUAUCUUUGUACACUGUAGCCAUGGGAAGUCAAAGAACAUCCAGUCCAGUUGCACAGGCAACUUUUAAUCUGGAGAGGAUGUGUCCGCAUAGUAAUGUCAGUCAGGCGCCAGAAGCCUUGCACUCAACACACAAAGCACAAAUUCUUGAAUCAGACCUUUCUUCAUAUCUCACAAUGGUAAGCUCCCCAUCUGAUUUAGAUAAAUGCCAGGAAAAGCCCCCGUCAAGAGCUGCCGACGUAUCGCCAGCUAAAAUAUCUCUUAUUGACAACCCAGCUCAAUUCCCUGCUUCUGCUAAUCCGCCUCAGAAACCUGCGCCGCAUUCGCUCCUAAGUGCCGCCGUCUCUUUGAAUUAUAAAGUCAAUCCAGAUCAAAUUUCAUGUAGAGGCACCACAGACAACGCCGUGGCUCCGAAAAUCCACUCGGUUCAGCCUAACUCCUCAGACUCUGAAACUGCGCCGCAUAUUUCCGCGUCCUCUGCACGCACAAUAUCUGGCGCGUCCAAGUCCCCGGAAGCAAAAGGUGAGUCGCGCGCAGCUCUCCCGAGCUCCGCAGCUGGUCGUUGCACGGUAUAUGAAAAUAUGACCGUCAAAACUGAGGUGAGACAAGUCACAUCCCUGAACGGUUCUCUGGCGUCUCUGGGCGGAGAAAGACGAGAUGACCUUGCCGCAUCCGGUGCGUGUUUGCUUCAGUUGACAGACGCAACCGAGGUGCUAAGGAACGGCGACGCACACGACAAAAACCAAGCUCACCACACACAAGCACCAGACAUCAGCAGUCAAAACAGUAAUAAACCUCGCGUUUGGGGCGUCGUUACCAAGCAGCAGAGCGACUCCGCAGCAACUCCUCUCGAAAAGUCACCAAAUAUGUUGGGAACCGCCGAGGGAGGAAGUGAAACUAAAAGCCAUCACACUAAUCCAACUAUCGGCCCCGCUGUGGAAUUACAAUGUAAUAAAAACAAAUGUAUCGACCGUGCUGUCAAUGAAUUAGCGGUGCACAAGCCUGAAGAGCAUAAAAAUUCACGGGUCACUAACCCUCAGAAUUGCUUUUCCCCAAUUAAGUCAAGCACCUUUCUUCCGCAGGGUUGUCUGGACAGAGAAAAACAAAGACUUAAACAUUAUAAAGGAUGCACACGAGCAGACCAUGAGGGACACAGCGCAACAAAUCCACUGGGCCAGGCAGCCAGGCACCCCGAUUCGAAUGCACAACAGUUUGCCUUGGGUGCAGCAGCCAGCCGUGCAAAUAGUGCAUUUGAAUCCAACGCGGAUGGGCAGAAGCAUCUCGGUUAUUCAUCGCCCCCGGUCAAGACGCAAACUAACUGUGAGCCCAGUAUCUCGCAAACAAACACAGAGGUGAAACACAUCACCCAGUCUGCCGCCGACUGCCAAAAUUCCAAUUUCGAUAUUACAUUACGGAGGCAAACACACACAAGUCCAGAACCUUCUGUCAGCGUGCCAGCAUCGUUCACCGGCAAAGGAGGGCUCUCGGCACACACAGGCCCUGACCGGGAGUUCGACCUACAGCCGCCUGCAAUGCUCGCUAAAUCAAGUUUCACCCUCCCGUCCAGAGAGGUGGAGGGAAUAAGCAGAGCAGAUUUAAAGUUUAGCCCCGCUGCUCCUCAGUCGGGCCCCGAGGGCACUGGGCUGUCUCACUCCCACCCGUCCGACGCGGCGCUGCUGUUGCCGCCUUCCCCGCAGUGCUGCAGGUCUGCAGGCCUGGAGCAGAGGCUCAAGACCGUGGAGGCCAGCCUGGCGGCCAACAAGGACAGGAUCACCACCCUGCUUAACAUCAUUCAGGACCUGGAGACAUGCAACACUCCCAACAGCCUUCGGCGAUGUCAUAAAAGUGGACUGGACCUGAGAAACUGCUCGACCUGCCAGAAGACUGCUUGUAUUGUGUACAGUGUCGAGUACGACUUCAGGCAGCAGGAGCGACACUUCUUGGAGGUUCUGAAUCACUCACCGGGUGACAGCAGCAGUUUCCCCGCAUAUCUGGCGGCGCCUUCAAACCUCGGCCUCCUUCGAAACGCCAUCUUUAGGAACCUCACAAAGACAAAGUUGAAGAGCAAAAAGCUGUGCAGGACUCUGCUCAAGUGGAUUCCAAGAAAAAAAUCGUCGGCCGUAGAUCUCUGCAUUGCCAGCAUGUGACCAGCAUGAAAGAUUCCACCCUGAACUAAAGUUUGGAAUAAUCGUAAUAAAAACUAACCACAAAACUGGCAGCUACCCAUUACUAAGAGACAGUAGGUGAUUGGGUUAUCCUUCAAUCAACCAGUACUAUGGUACCUCUGGCUACUAGAUAUGGUAACAUAGCUUUUCUUUUUUUUCUAGAAGUUUUCUUAAGACAAGUUUAAAGGUAAAACAGAAAAAAAACAACAAAAAAAACAAAGUGGAAUUUAGCAGAAUUCUAAAAAUAUUUGUUCUAAAAGCUGCUGCACUGGGCUAUUCAGAGCAUUUAUACAAGUUUUCAUAUUACCUUAAUAUGUUCAAAUUCAAAUUCUGUUAUAUUGCAGCAACAAACGUCAGAGCGUAAUAUUUGGAUUUUAUGUGACAAAGCAACGUAAAGGUCAUAGUUAUAUAAAAAGAAACUUAAAAGAAAAAUUUAACUCAAAAAAGUGCAUUUGUGUCCAAGCCAUUACUCUCAUAACCCACAAUAAAGUCUCCAGCAGCAAAACUUCAGAAAUCAGACUUAAAAUGCAUGUAAUUUAAUCUCAGUAGAAAUUAACUGUUACGAGACAAAACGGCUUACGAAUAAUGUUGAAAACAUGUUGAAAGCUUGGCUGCGUAAAUGAGGUCAUCACUCUAAAUAAUGUUUCCACUCAUUUCACCAAACCCUUUCAUUUGUCACUGCAGUAAAACGGCGGUUCAAAAAGUCUUGACUUGGACGCACCAAACAGAAAUGGGUGUUGCACUUCCCAGAUUUUUUAAUAAAUUUUUUAUUUCAUUUCCGUCUAUCACAUAAAAAGCAAAUAAAAACAAAACACAUUAAAAUUUCCUUCUAGUUGUACCUUUGCAACAUGGAAAGUAAACUUGAUGGGUAUUAUACCCAGCAUGAGUGGUCCACAGCCUGACAACUUUUAUAUGUCAGAGCAGGAGGCGGCCUGUCCUCGAAGAUGUGUGGUUGGGUUUUUUUUUUGUUUUUUUUUUCUCAAUGUAUCCCUGGUUGAUGCAUGCUGUCAGCACAAACAACUGAAACCAGAAGCUUAGAUAAACAAAAUAAAAAAAAGAAAAGAAAAGAAAAGAAAACACCAUUUCUCACCAUCUGAAGUUAAGUCAGAAAAAAAUAUUAUCUUUCUUUUGCUCAGUUAGAAUUACAAAAAUUAUUCAGAUUUGUUUAUUGACACAUUGAGACAAGGAGAGGAACAAUAUGUCAGAGAUGUAAGUUUUAACGUAUUCAAAAGAAAUCAGAAAUUCAGAUAGAUUUCCUAAGUACUUGGUAGUGUUGCCUUUGAAUUGUAUGACUUUGGUCAAGUGUUUUGGGGAUGCUUCCCACGAGCUUCUCGUAAAAGUUUGCUGGAAGUCUGACCGAUUCCUCCUGACGGAACUGGUGGAACUGGGAUAGUAGACUGGUUUUCUCACGCAGCGAAAACAGUCCCACGGGGUGAUGCUUGAAACUGCAUCUGUAAAUUAUACUGAAGACAUUAAUAAAUAAAUCUCUGAGAUAUUCUCUCAUUCUUGUGGUAUAUAACAAGUAUAAAUCAUUUUUGUAAUUCUAUCUGAUCUUUACCAAGAGAAGUUUGGUCUGAUUUAACUUUAGACAGAGGAGGGGGGGGAGUUAUAUCUUUUUUUUAUUCAGUGUUUUGGUUUCAACUGUAAAAUUUGUGUUUUGCAAUUCAUUUUGAGCCUGAUUUUAGCUACUUUUCAAAAAUGGUAUAAGGAUUUCUUUGUUUUGCUUUUCAGUGUUAAUAUUUAAAUAAGCCUGGUUGUAUUUGAAGACUAAACCCAAUCCCAAAUUUCUAUAUCUAAUUUUCUAUAUAAGACUGUUUGUUCUCUUUGCACUGUUGAGAUUAAUACAUCUGACUGAAAGUUGACCUAUUAUCUCGUUCCCCUUAGAAUAAACGUCAGGAACAC